AAGAAGACAUCUUUAAAGCCUCACCUGGAAGAGAUGAACCAAUCAGAACAGUGAUGACAAAGGGAGUGGCUGGCAUUGGGAAAACAGUCUUAACACAGAAGUUCACUCUGGACUGGGCUGAAGACAAAGCCAACCAGGACAUACACUUCACAUUUCCAUUCACUUUCAGAGAGCUGAAUGUGCUGAAAGAGAAAAAGUACAGCUUGGUGGAACUUGUUCAUCACUUCUUUACUGAAACCAAAGAAGCAGGAAUCUGCAGGUUUGAAGAGUUCCAGGUUGUGUUCAUCUUUGACGGUCUGGAUGAGUGUCGACUUCCUCUAGACUUCCACAACACUGAGAUCCUGACUGAUGUUACAGAGUCCACCUCAGUGGAUGUGCUGCUGACAAACCUCAUCAGGGGGAAACUGCUUCCCUCUGCUCGCCUCUGGAUAACCACACGACCUGCAGCAGCCAAUCAGAUCCCUCCUGAGUGUGUCGGCAUGGUGACAGAGGUCAGAGGGUUCACUGACCCACAGAAGGAGGAGUACUUCAGGAAGAGAUUCAGAGAUGAGGAGCAGGCCAGAACCAUCAUCUCCCACAUCAAGACAUCACGAAGCCUCCACAUCAUGUGCCACAUCCCAGUCUUCUGCUGGAUCACUGCUACAGUUCUGGAGGAUGUGUUGAAAAGCAGAGAGGGAAGAAAGCUGCCCAAGACCCUGACUGAGAUGUACAUCCACUUCCUGGUGGUUCAGUCCAAACUGAAGAACAUCAAGUAUGAUGGAGGAGCUGAGACAGAUCCACACUGGAGUCCAGAGAGCAUGAAGAUGAUUGAGUCUCUGGGAAAACUGGCUUUUGAGCAGCUGCAGAAAGGCAACCUGAUCUUCUAUGAAUCAGACCUGACAGAGUGUGGCAUCGAUAUCAGAGCAGCCUCAGUGUGCUCAGGAGUGUUCACAGAGAUCUUUAAAGAGGAGAGAGGGCUGUACCAGGACAAGGUGUUCUGCUUCGUCCAUCUGAGCCUUCAGGAGUUUCUGGCUGCUCUUCAUGUCCAUCUGACAUUCAUCAAGUCUGGAGUCAAUCUGCUGGAAGAACAACAAACAACAUCUUCAUCAUCAGCACAUUUCUACCAGAGUGCUGUGGACGAGGCCUUAAAGAGUCCAAAUGGACACCUGGACUUGUUCCUCCGCUAUCUCCUGGGUCUCUCACUGCAGACCAAUCAGACUCUCCUACGAGGUCUGCUGACACAGACAGGAAGUAGCUCAAAGACACAUCAGAAAACAGUCGAGUACAUCAAGGAGAAGAUCAGUGAGAAUGUGUCUGCAGAGAGAAGCAUCAAUCUGUUCCACUGUCUGAAUGAACUGAAUGAUCGUUCUCUAGUGGAGCAGAUCCAACUGUCCCUGAGAUUAGGAAGACUCUCCACAGAGGAACUGUCUCCUGCUCAGUGGUCAGCUCUGGUCUUCAUCUUACUGUCAUCAGUAAAAGAUCUGGACGUGUUUGACAUGAAAAAAUACUCUGCUUCAGAGGAGGCUCUUCUGAGGCUGCUGCCAGUGGUCAAAGCCUCCAACAAAGCUCUACUGACUGACUGUAACCUCUCAGAGAGAAGCUGUGCAGCUCUGUCUUCAGUUCUCAGCUCCCAGUCCUCUAGUCUGAGAGAUCUGGACCUGAGUAACAACAACCUGCAGGAUUCAGGAGUGAAGCAGCUUUCUGAUGGACUGGAGAGUCCACACUGUACACUGGAAACUCUCAGGUUGAGUAUUUGUAACCUCUCAGAGAGAAGCUGUGCAGCUCUGUCCUCAGUUCUCAGCUCCCAGUCCUCUAGUCUGAGAGAUCUGGACCUGAGUAACAACAACCUGCAGGAUUCAGGAGUGAAGCAGCUUUCUGCUGGACUGGAGAGUCCACACUGCACACUGGAAACUCUCAGUCUGUCAGGAUGUCUGAUCACAGAGGAAGGCUGUGCUUCUCUGGCCUCAGGUCUGAGCUCCAACCCCUCCCAUCUGAGAGAGCUGGACCUGAGCUACAAUCAUCCAGGACACUCAGGAGAGAAGCUUCUGUCUGCUGGACUGAAGGAUCCACACUGGAGACUGGACACUCUCAGCCUGCAGCCUGCUGGAGUCCGAUGGUUGACACCAGGUCUUAGGAAGUAUGCCUGUGAACUGGAACUGGAUCCAAACACAAUGAACAGAAACCUCAAACUGUCUGAUAACAACAGGAAGGUGACAUAUGUGGAGGACGAUCAGUCAUAUCCUGAUCAUCCAGACAGAUUUGAUGUCUGGCCUCAGCUGCUGUGUAGAAAUGAUCUGACUGGUCGCUGUUACUGGGAGGUCGAGUGGAGAGGAACAGUUUAUAUAUCAGUGAGUUACAGAAGAAUCAGCAGGAAAGGAAACAGUCAUGAGUGUUGGUUUGGAUGGAAUGAUCAGUCCUGGUGUCUGAAGUGCUCUGAUGAUGGUUACUCUGUCCGGCACAAUAUGAGAGAAACAUCCAUCACCUCCUCCUCCUCCUCCUCCUCCUCCUCCUCCUCCUCCUCCUCCUCCUCCUCUGUCUCUAACAGAGUAGCAGUGUAUGUGGACUGUCCUGCUGGCACUCUGUCCUUCUACAGAGUCUCCUCUGACACACUGAUCCACCUCCACACCUUCAACACCACAUUCACUGAACCUCUGUGUGCUGGGUUUGGGUUCUGGUCUGAGAGUCUCUCUGUGUCUCUGUAGGAGGGAGAGUCUCUCU